AUGGGAACCGUUUCGAUCGAUCUACGAGCAUUGGACAGGGACGAAAGGCGAGCCAAGCUGGGUGGAGGUGCUCGUGCCAAGGGAUCCGCGCGACAGAACGUUGAGUCGAAUGAUCAGCAAGCAACCGGAAAAAGGGAGGGUCGUUUACGGGGUACGAUGCAACAGGCCGCCGCCGCGAAUCGUACGAAUAAUGGUGGACGAUUUUCGUCGGCGAAUGAUGAAGUCGUAUUCCAAGAGCUGAAUCUCGCCGCCUAUCCGAGGAACAAACGGAACGGGAAGAAGAAGUCGCGGAACCGAAAUCGCAGAGUCACAUUCGCUGUCUGA